AUAUGGCAUUAAGUUGCAUCCCUAGGAUACCUUUUUGCUCAGGUGAAGUUAAGUGAUUAAAAGCAUUAAUUAAAGUGAGAUUGUACUGUUAAAAAGCCAUAAUGGAUUACAUAAACUUGUUACCGAAUCAUGUUUUGACUAAAAUCUUUGGAAAUCUAAGUCCAGGAAUGACAAAAUCCUGCGCAUUAGUCUGUAAAAGAUGGGACGAGAUAAUUGGAACAACUAGUGAAUUGAUGAAAAGAUAUCAACUGAACCUGGAAGAUAUAGAAGAACAUGAAAUGAAGAAGGCGAUGAAAAUACAAAGAAAGCAUCAAAGAGUUCUUGCUGAUUGGUCAAAAUCGUCACUGAAUGUCAUAUUGCGUCAUAAACUGCAAUUCCUCACGUUUACAGAAUUUGAGUACACACCAGUUAAGCUAUCAACAUUAGUCGAGACAUUAAACAAUUUACCAUCCCUUAAAUACUUUGAUGCUAACUUGCUUACAUUAAAAAAAUCCGAAAAUUGUUUAAAUCAAGUCAGUACCAAUAUUGAACAACUUAAGUGUGCGGUCGAAGUCAUCGGUAUAUUUGCCUGCUGUACUGUUAGGAAGUUGAAAAUAUAUUCGUAUCGAUCGCGAUCAUUUAAUAAGCAAAUGAAUUAUUCAAUCUUCAAUUUUUUGAAAACUCAAAAGGAUCUGGAAGAAUUGGAAUUAAUCGGAAAGCAAUUUAGUGAGCUAUUCAUUUUACCUGAUUUCAUCGUGCUCAAAUUUCCCCUGAAAGUUCUAAAGUACAGUAGUUGCACGCCUUUUACUCAUUAUAAAGAAUUUAUCAAGUUCUUAAAUCAACACAAGAGAACGUUAACAAGUUUGGAAGUAGAUUAUAGCACAGAGCCACAGUUUGGAAUUGAAUUAAUUCAUAAAUUUGCAUUGGAGAAUCUUAUCAAUCUUAAACAUUUCAAAAUUGGUCAUCUUCGUGAUAAUCAUCAAAUAUCAUAUCAUGAGCUGACUGAUUCAACAUCAAUCACCAAAAAUGUGGAAAGUCUCGCGAUAAAAGCACGAUCAACGGACAUGAACGAGAAUAAGAGGUUCUUGAAUAUGUUUCCAAACAUUAAGAAAUUGAAUUUUGAUAAAUCAGAAAAUGAUGAAGAGCUUCUUUGUUGCAUUAGUGAAAUAUGCGUGAACAUAGAAAGACUCGAAGUAUCAAGUUUAGAUAAAGAUUUUAAUAAUCCUAAAAUCCUUUUUCCAAAGCUGAAGGAGUUAAUCAUUAAUCAUGAUGGAGGAGAUAUUUCUGUUUUCAUAACACGACAUUCAAAUACUUUGGAGAAAAUAUCAUUUAAAGAAUUUGAUUAUUUUCCUAGUUCAUUUUCUAAAUCAGUCUUAAGCUGUCCCAACCUGAAUUAUCUUGAACUCAAUCUUGGAGAGCUAAGUUUUGCAUCAAUUGUAAUGAUAUAUUCAAUUUCAUCAAGAAGUAAACCCUUCAAAUUGGUCUUUACAAGAACGCGCCCAAGUUUCGAUUCAAACUUUGUAACACAGCACUAUACAUUCAAUUUUCCUGAAGAUAUAGCUAUUUUUAAAGAUUUUUGGGAUGAAAAUGAGUGUGAUUAAUUUAAAUCAUUCUAUCUUUAAGUCAUGUGCUUAUUUUUUUCGUUUUAUUAAUUUGUAUUUCUGUUAAAUAACUAGUAUAUAAAUUAUCCUUAAAAAAUAUUAGUUGAGCUUUGAAUUUAAUAAAGGUUUAAUAAAAGUAAA